CGCACGCGCAGACCAGACCCUGGCCCUGUUGCCCAGCCGCGGGGCUUCUUGGAGAAGAAAAUGGCAAUACCGAGGCUGCGGCACGCCGUGAGGACGCUAUUUGAGGUGCCAGCGGCGCUGCGGCUCUUGAGCCGAGCUUGCAGCACGUUCCACGCCUUCACGGACGUGCUCAGGCUGCCUAAGAGACAAAUGACGAAGCUCGUGUUCCCACUGCAGGAACUCGAGCGGCAGCUCACACCAGACUCGAGGUUGGACCUUCACGUGAAGAUCUUCGACCCGAGCCUGGAGGACAUCUCCAAGGCGGAGGCCGUCUUCACGGCCACGUCCCGGAACCGCAUCAGCUACCUCAGCUCCGCGGUGCGUCUCGACCACGCCCCAGACCUCCCCAGCCCUGAGGUGUGUUUUAUAGGCAGAAGCAAUGUUGGAAAAUCCUCUCUAAUAAAAGCCCUUUUUUCACUGGCGCCAGAGGUUGAAGUCAGAGUCUCCAAAAAACCGGGGCACACAAAGAAGAUGAAUUUUUUCAAAGUUGGAAAAUAUUUUACAUUGGUGGACAUGCCAGGUUAUGGCUAUAGAGCUCCUGAAGAUUUUGUUGACAUGGUAGAGACCUAUCUAAAAGAACGAAGGAAUUUGAUGAGAACAUUUUUGUUAGUGGAUAGUGUUGUUGGAAUUCAAAAAACCGACAGUAUUGCCAUAGAAAUGUGUGAAGAAUUUGCAUUACCUUAUGUGAUGGUAUUAACAAAAAUUGACAAAUCUUCCAAGGGACAUCUUUUAAAACAAGUGCUUCAGAUCCAGAAAUUUGUUGACAGAGAGACACAAGGAUGUUUUCCUCAGUUGUUUCCUGUAAGUUCUGUGACCUAUUCUGGAAUCCAUCUGUUGAGAUGCUUUAUAGCAAAUAUAACAGGAAAUCUUAAGACUGAUGGCCUGUAGUUUAGCUGAAGAUUCAAAAUUCUCUAUGCCAACUGGAGUUUUGAACAUCAAUAAUUUCAACAUUUUUUUAUAUUAAAUAUAAUUUAUUGUCAAA